AUGGAGAAUAAUAAUUUAAAUAUAACUAUUGACCCUGGUUUAACUAACAACAUCGAAAAUUAUAAUAAUAAUAAUAUAAAUAAUAAUAAUAUAAAUAAUAAUAAUAAUAAUAAUAAUAAUAAUAAUAAUAAUAAUAAUAAUAAUAAUAAUAAUAAUAAUAAUAAUAAUGAAGAAAUAAAAAAUGAAAUUAAAAUUAGUAAUGAUCAAAAUUUAAUAGGGUCUCCAUAUUCAAAUUUGGGGAUGUCAACAGAGGAUAUUAUGUCUAAUAGUUCAAUGGUCGGUAGCUGUGAAAGAUUGAGAAUUUCAAAAAUGGAUAGUAGUGUUUGUAGUAGUUAUAAUGAAGAUAAAUUGAAAAAUUUUGAAGAUAGUGAAACAAAAGGAGAAGAAAAUGAAAAAAAUGGUAAAAUGAAAGAAAUGGAUAUUAAUACUCCAAAUGAAAUGGAAGAUGGUGAAAUAGGUUGGAGAGGAUUAAAGACCCUAAGAUUAAUUGCAGAGCGUUAUUUAUUUGGUAUCAUUGUGGCUGCUGUUGUUGGUUUAUUAAUAAUUUUACUUUCUCUUCCUGAUUGGUCCAAUGGUCCCGCUGGUUUUAAUGAAAAAACAUAUAAUAUAUUUUUUAUAAUUUCAAGUAUAUUUUUUGGUCCUUUAUAUGUUGUAGGUGGCUUUAUUGCUAGUUAUGGAAUUGAAAGAGUAAAAGAUGCUAGAAUUAUAAUUUAUGGUACAAGUAUUGGAAUUGGGUUUAUUGUAUUAUAUGUUGUUUUUGCAGUUAAAGAAAUUAGAUAUUGGUAUUAUUAUUUAGAUGUUGUUUCAGUGGUUUUAAUAUUUUCAUUUGUAGAGGUAAUAUUCUCAUUUAGAAUGUCAAAUGUUAUCCAAAAAGCUGAAAGAAGUGUAGUGUGUACCAUGAAAAGUGUUUGGACAGCUUAUAAUUACGCAGCCCCGGAUAUUGUGGUAACCUUAUUUAGUCUUGUAUAUAUGUUCUUUUUAAUUCCAGUUUAUCUUACUAUUGAAAAUAGUAUCUUCCGUCUUGGUUGGAGAUUAGUUAUUCAUCCAAUUUAUUGGACAGUUAUUGUAAUGAUUGCACGUCAAUUUCUAGACCGAGAUAUUUCAACCACCGAUAUUAUGUUAAACACUAAUAUUGUGUUGCACACCUUUUUCCAUCAUCAAACUUUGGGCAAAAUCUUUGUAUUCACCUUUGAUGAUAGUGGUAGUACUCAACUAACUUAUAUUGGUAUUUGCGUGUCGGCCAUUGAAGAUAUUUUCCUACGUUCAAUUGCUUUAAAAAGAGAUGAAUGGUUUUUCACAUUUCUUUAUGACAAAUCCAGAGCUGUAAAACAAGUUUACUCUCAAGAAAGUUUACAAUUAAGAGCUGCCAUCUUAAAUAUUCAAACAGCUUUAGAUUUCUCUGGUCUUAUUACAGCCCCAUUGUUUGUUUUCAUGUUUUCAAAACAUAAACAUGUAUUCCAUGUUCUCGAAGGUUCUACUGUUGUACCAUUAACUUUAUUCAUUCAAUCAUUAUUAUCAAUUUUCUUGGAUUUUGGUGUUGAAAUUACCUGUACCUAUAUUGAAACUAAAUAUUAUAGACUUCCAAUUAAAACAACUUGGGAUUGGAUGAAAUCUCAUAAACUAUCAUUUAUGACUUGGCUUAUUUAUGGUUCAUGCACAAUGGGUUUAUUAGCUAUGAUUUGGUUAAUGGCAAUGAUUCCAAGAGUUGGACAAAGUGUUUAUAACUAA